UGGUAAGAUAAAUCUUUAGUUUGUCGAAAUAUGGCAGCGCAGACUACAGUUUUGAACAACGGUGUAAAGAUUCCCGUACUCGGGCUUGGUACUUGGCAGGCAGGCGAUGAUCCAAAGAUUGUCGAACAAGCCGUGCACGAUGCUAUCGAUGCUGGAUAUCGACAUUUCGAUUGUGCUUACAUUUAUCAGAAUGAAAAGGAAAUUGGCAAAGUCCUACGUGAGAAGAUCGCGAAAGGGAUCGUGAAGAGAGAAGAUCUCUUCAUUACUACUAAGUUGUGGAACACAUUCCAUAAACGAGACAACGUGGUACCGGCUUGCCGAAGAUCUGUAGAGAAUUUUGGACUCGGUUACGUUGAUCUCUACCUGAUACACUGGCCCAUAUCUUAUGCGGAAAAUGCCGACGGAAUAAUACCGGUUGACGAAAACGGCGAUCCGAUGUUUGGACACGAGGAUUUCCUUGACACGUGGUGCGGUAUGGAGGAGUGCAUGAAAUUGGGUUUAACGAGGAGUAUUGGCCUCAGCAAUUUUAAUUCCGAGCAGAUCGACCGCGUGUUAUCGAUUGCCCAAAUAAAGCCGGUAAUGAAUCAGGUGGAAUGCCAUCCGAAUUUGAAUCAGAGAAAAUUGAGAGACUUUUGUGCGAGUCGUGACAUAGCUGUCACAGCUUAUAGUCCGUUUGGUUCGCCUAAUUGGCCUUGGGCUAAACCUGGCGAUCUGAAAGUUGUCCUUCAUGCACCUGAAAUUGUAAAUAUUGGCGCUAAAUACGGCAAAACUCCCGCACAAGUUAUUCUGAGAUAUUUGGUUGAUAUUGAUACUAUACCAAUCCCAAAAUCCAGUUCAAAGAAGCGUAUCGAACAGAAUAUUAACAUUUUUAAUUUUAAGUUAACUCCGGAAGAAAUUGCCACAAUUGACAAAUUUGAUUGUGGCGGACGUAUAGUGCAGUUUGAACAACGGCCUUUCAUACACUUCCUGUUGCAUACAUCUAUCUAUCUGCAGUCGGCGAUAACAAUGGCUGGUAUUCCGACAAUCACAUUUUCGAAUGGAUACAAAAUGCCGAUGUUGGGCCUCGGAACUUAUAACUCCCAGAUGGGGAAUGUGAAAAGAGCUGUUCAGGACGCAAUAGAUCUAGGAUAUCGUCAUAUUGAUACAGCUUUCUUUUAUGGUAAUGAGAAAGAGAUCGGGGAAGCUAUUCGCGACAAAAUCAAAGAUGGUAGCGUGACCAGAGAGGACCUAUUUAUUACCACAAAGUUGUGGAACAAUUUCCAUAAAGAAGAGCAUGUCGUCCCGGCCUGCAAACAAUCGUUGGCCAAUCUUGGUUUAGAUUAUGUGGAUCUCUUUUUAGUUCAUUGGCCAUUUGCUUUCAAGGAAGGGGAUGAUUUAUGGCCUUCAGAUGCUGCUGGAAAUCUUUGCCAAUCGGAUAUCGAUUACUUAGAAACAUGGAAAGGAAUGGAAGAGUGUGUUCACCAAAGCUUAACUCGCAGCAUCGGAAUCAGUAACUUUAACUCCGAGCAAAUUACUCGUUUACUCAAAUCGGCUAAAAUCGCUCCAGUCAAUAAUCAGGUUGAAGUUAACAUAAACGUAAAUCAGGAGAAAUUAAUAGAUUUUUGCAAAAAACAUGACAUAACGAUAACUGCUUAUUCUCCUUUGGGACAACCCGGAAAUGUAUCGGGCAUCGACAAUAAAUUAGGUAAUCCUGUAAUAUUGCAACUGGCAAAAAAAUACAAUAAGACGCCAGCGCAAAUAGCACUUCGAUAUGUGUAUCAACACGGAACUGUGCCAAUACCUAAGUCUGUAACUAAAAGUCGAAUUAAGGAAAACAUGGAAUUUUUUGAUUUCAUGUUAACAUCCGAUGAAAUGAAUGCUAUUCGUAAACUCGGCACUGGACAGAGAGUAGCAUUUUUCACCCCUGCGGAGAAUUUUAAAUAUUUUCCUUUUAACAUUCCGUUUUAA